UUGUGGACAAAAUGGCGUCGUCCGGUCCGCACGUGCAGGCGAAGUUCUUCACCAAACAGCCUCAGUUCGCCGUCAGCGAGGACGUCUUCUCCGUCCCGGCGACCGUCACCACUCUAGAACUGAACGAUCUCAUCAACGGGCUCCUCAACUCCAGCGAUGGCGACGGGGAGAGCUCGCGAAGGGAGUUCGACUUCCUGGUCGAGGGCGAGUUCCUUCGCCUGCCGCUCAACUCGCACAUGCAGGGCAAGGGGCUGACUGCGGAAAGAGUCGUGUCCAUAGAGUUCCUGUUACGGCAGCCGGCACCAGAACCACGCACUGCUAUCCAGCAGGAAGACUGGAUAAGCAGCGUUCAAGGUAACAGAGAUUGCAUCCUGUCUGGUUCCUAUGACUCCACUGUCCAAGUCUGGACUAGAGCCGGUCAGAACCUGGUCUCGGCAACUGGACACACGGAGCCGGUCAAGGCAGUGGCAUGGGUCAAGCAGGAAGCAAUCGGUGGUCAGUUCCUCAGCGCCUCCCAGGACCAGCUCAUCGUGCUGUGGGACUGGGACAGAGAUGGUGGGACUGCAGUACCGAGGCUGUGCUGUAGGGGGCAUGCUCGCAGUGUGGACUGCCUGGCCAUCCACCCUACUGCAGACAGGUUUGCGAGUGGCUCCUGGGACAAGAUGGUGAAACUCUGGUCCUUGGGUGAGGCAGAGGAAGAUGAGGAAGAAGAGCGACCACGAGGGAAAAAGAAAGCGAAGCACGAUCAGCUGGGACCGACGAGAACGCCGCUGAUGACCCUACAGGGUCACGGGGAAGCCGUAACAUCCGUCGCCUGGAUCAACGACGUCACGUUGUGUAGUGCAUCAUGGGACCACACCAUCCGGACGUGGGACGUGGAGGCCGGGGUUCCGAAAGAAACGUUAACGGGAUCCAAAGCCUUCCACGCUGUCGCGUACUCCAACCUCAGCCACCUGCUUGCAUCUGGCAGCUCGGACAGGCACGUCCGUCUCUGGGACUUGAGGAGUCAGAAGGGCGUUUUGGUUGAGUCCACGCUCACCGCGCACCAAGGGUGGGUUUCCGCCGUAGCCUGGUCCCCGACGAACCAGCACCACCUCGUGUCGGCCUCGUACGACAAGACGCUGAAGCUGUGGGACACGCGCAGCCCGCGAGCGCCGCUGUACAACAUGUCGGGACACAGGGAGAAACUGCUGUGCGCAGACUGGUCCAUUCCUGAUCUGUUGAUCUGUGGGGGGGCAGAGAAGCAACUGUGCACGUUCUCUUACUCUGACCUGCUGACCAGUAUGCCUGACAGGCAACAGGGAAACUAGGGGGACACUAUCAAGUAAAGAAAAUACUAAUGAGGUAUU